AUUCUGGACAAUGUGAACUAUCGUGUACGAUGGGCGAGACAUCAAGAGCAGGAGAAGCAAAAAGUCGAGGACGAAAAAGAAAAAGAACGAGGUUUGUUAAAGCUCUUAAAUAAUUCUAGUGAGAGUUUUCAAUACAGUUCGACAAAACUUGUUGGAGGAUGCGUUGUUUGUAUUUUUUUAUUAUUGGCGUGUUCAGGAUUUGUUUUAUUAGUUGUAGCUAAAACAACUAUGGGAUGAUGACGUGAUAUGAUGAGUAGAAUUAUGUUUAAUUUAAAUUUGAGGGUUUAACGUCUGCUGUGGUAUAGUGUACUGUAGAUAUAAGACAGCUUGGAUGUUGAUGCUAGUCAACCUAAAUGACUGAAUCUCGGCGCUCACACUAUAACUUAGAAAUAACAAAUUGUAUUGUGUAGUUUCGUUCGCUCAAAUUGACUGGCAUGAUUUCGUCGUCGUUGAAACCGUGGAAUUCAAAGAAACUGAGACGGGUGAGUUUUUUUUCCUGCGGAGAAUAAAGUUUUAAUCCUUUUAUCUUUUUGCGAGUGAUCAAACAGUUCCCAUUGUCAUGUCCAUUGAUCAUUUUAUUUCGACAGGUAAUUUACCGCCACCGGUAACGCUUGAACAGCUUGGCGCAAGAAUUUUAGCCCAAGAAAGAGCAGGUACUGGAAAG